AUGGCAGUGGCACGAUACUCGGCUCUUGCUCUGAUUGCAUUUCUUGUUUCUCCGAUCAUGGUGAUGGCAACAACAUACGACAUUGUCUGGGCACUUGGAAUUGAUUACAGUACUGAUUUUGUUGAACAAAACACUUUCUAUGCUGGAGAUGUGAUAACUUUUCAUUACGAUGUUGCUCGAGACGAUGUGGUUAUAGCAACAGAUGGUGAUGCAUUUGAUCAAUGCAUGAUGGAACCGAACUUGGGUCAUUACCAAAGUGGCAAUGAUGCACUAACCUUGUGUGAACCUAAAUAUCAUUAUUUCAUGUGUGGGUAUCACUGCAAAUCCAAUGGCAUGAAGAUGUCGGUGUUUGUGAACUAG